CGUCGCAAGGCCGUCCAGCAUGCCGGCGACGUACACCUGCCGCACCUGUGGCUCCUCGUUCAGCUCGAGUCGCAUCAACUGGGCGUCGCCGACCUGCGGUUCUUGCGAGCUGGCUGCUCGAGCCGAGCAACGUCGCGAGGGCUUGUCCGCAGCUCGAGUUACCUCGGUGCCGUUCGCCGCUCGUCGCGCCCAUCUUGGCACGGGCACCAGGGCGGCGACUAAGAGCGACAUCGGCCGACUGCGUGUUCAGCCCAGCGUGUCGCCGAGUCCGCCUUCGUCCCAGUACUUCGACCUCGCGCACGAGAGCGGCGUCACCCUGGCGUCGAGCGCGGCCGCCUCUCGCCCUCCGCCGCUCGUCGUGGUCCUCUCGCCGAGCUACACCCUUGUGUGCCGCGUCAGCAGCUCAAACUCGACCUUGAUCGUGCGCCCGUACCUGUCGACGCUCCUCGCCUACCUGUACCGCCGCCGCCGGCCCGAGGGGCUCGAGCGCGAGCCUGUGCGCGAGGUCCGCAUCGUCGUCUUCUCGGCCAUGCGCAUCUACAACUUGGCGACCGCGCUCCACGCCAUCGGCCUCGAGCCGGCCCCGAGCGUCGCCAGCACGGCCAAGGAUACGUCCGCCGAGGGCGAGGUCGCCACCACCGAGUCGGCCGACAACGAGCCGCUGCUCGACCUCGUUCUCCCGCGCGAGUCGAUGGGCCUCGACACGCUCGACUAUAAUCGGGACGUCGUCACGGUCAAGGACCUCGCCAUCGUCUGGCGUGGGCUCGGCAUCGAGGCCCUCGACGGUAUCCGGACGACGGUCUUGGUCGACGAGAGCGUCCAGGCAGCAUUCCCGCAGCCGCACUCGCGCCUUCCGAUUACGCCCUUCGACCCCGACUCGGGCUCGGCCGUCAGGUCGGGUCGCGUGCGGGAGCUGCCCGGCUCAACGUGCAACGACACGGCUCUGCUGUCGACGAUCUACUACCUCGAGCUCCUCGGCCGCGAGGCCAACGUGCCCGCCGCCCUCAAAGGUGGGCUCGUGCGCCGGUCGGAGGAGGACGCUCGGCGCGUGGUACGGGCGAGGGAGGGACUCGCCGAGGGCGCAGAGGUGUCGCUGUACGACGUGCAGGAGGAGCUCGCGAGGAGGGGCAGGGCGGUGUGCGCCGAGUACGGCAUCGAGGUGAGCCGCGAGUGGGACGAACAGUGGCGCGAGAAGGUGCGCAAGGGCGGCGCGAGCGAGAAGGUGGCGAGGAGCUAA